UUCUAUUUGUUCCCGCGAGCUCACGUGAACUCAAGUGAUUGACGUCCAACUCCGUUAAGCGGUUGGGCGCGCCGCACUCGCGACAGUGAGCUUAGAGGACGGCACCCUAAAUUAUUAAAAUCCAGCACCUUUUCGAGUCACGAGAACGCUGCGUCUCCUGAAAAAGCACAAUCUCCCAUCACAAGGUUAAGUUUCGGACCGUUCAAAAGAAAUUUAAAAGCCUCUCGACGAGCCCAUCCAUCGAUUUCACCGAUCCCAUAGUUACUCCCACUCCAUCUUCUGCAUUUCACUAGUCAUGGCCUCGAUUGUUUUGAAGAGAACUCAACAGAAGAUGCCCGUAGUCGGCUUCGGGCUCUGGAAGGUUACCAAGUCCAGUUGCGCUGACACCGUAUACAACGCGAUUAAAGCGGGAUACCGUCUUCUUGAUGGUGCCGGUGACUACGGAAAUGAGAAAGAGGCAGGCGAGGGUGUUCGUCGGGCUAUCGCGGAUGGCCUCGUUAAGCGGGAGGACCUCUUCAUUACGUCUAAGCUAUGGAACACUUUCCAUGCCCAUGACCAUGUCAAACAAAUCACCAAGACGCAGCUUGGCCUCUGGGGAAUUGACUACUUCGACUUGUUCCUCGUCCACUUUCCCAUCGCCCUGAAAUAUGUCGAUCCCAGCCACCGCUAUCCCCCUGAGUGGUUCGGUGAUGACGGCAAGGUCUACCUUCAAAACACCCCUAUGCACGAGACUUGGGGUGCAAUGGAGGAGCUCGUUGAUGAGAAACUGACCAAAAACAUUGGCCUGAGUAACUGCCAGGGAUCUUUGAUCCUUGACGUUCUCCGGUAUGCCAAGUACGAGCCACAGGUGUUGCAGGUUGAGCUUCACCCAUACCUUACCCAAGAAGCCCUCGUCAAACUUUGCAAGACGUUCAGCAUUGCCGUGACUGCCUACUCUUCGUUUGGACCCCAAUCCUACGUCGAACUUGGUGUUGACAAGGGUGCUCCUUCGCUCCUCAAGCACGACGUGACUUCCGCUGUGGCCAAGUCGCAUGGAAAGACCGAAGCUCAAGUUUUGCUGCGUUGGGCUACGCAACGAGGCAUUGCCGUCAUUCCAAAGUCCAACGAUCUUAGCAGAUUGGUAGCAAACUUGGACUGCAACUCUUUUGACCUCUCAGAAUCCGAGCUUGCAGCAUUGAGUGCAUUGAACAUUAACCUCAGGUUGAAUGACCCCGCUGACAUCGAUGGUCGCUUGGCCAUCUUCGCAUAGAAGUGUAUUGCGUAGACGUAAUGAGCGUAGAAAGAGCAUACGAUGAAUGUAUACUACUGUCCAAAAUGCUCGAGAAUUGAGAUGACGGAUCAUAUUGCUUUCUGCGCAGUGCGCGGUGACUUGCAGUGACUUGUUUGCU